AUGGGAGGUCUCGGCCACCCUGGCGGGAUCGACCCGGACGUCAUCUAUUACCUCAAGACAAGCCGACCGCAUCUCAAGGACACCUCGAUCUCGGGGCCUUUCUACCCGUUGGACACUGUAUAUGAACAAAUGUUCAGGCAUCUCGCAAGGGAGCGAAGCGUCGGCGGCGAGCAGACUCUCCACGAGAUCAUCAGUACCGGAGACAUUGCGAUGCUGCAGCAUCUCAACGCGCCAACCGCAGACGGAAACAUCCUGCGUUUGGAGCUGCUGCGUGAGAAGAACGCGGAAAUAGCCAGGGUCUUGCCUGGGAAGGCCUGGUACAUCCUUGUUGGCACCGGGGAGCAGAGGAGUCUCCGUCUUCUGGGGCGCAACGCUAAUGAGCGCGCUGAGCGGAUCUUGCAAGAUUCGAAGGAAGCCGCGGGCCCUGAUGCAAGGGCCGUCAGGGCGGACAAGGAUGGCCUUGUCGGUGGCGGUGUCGCUUAUCGCGAAGGAGGCGUUGUCAUGGCACAAACCGUCGAAGUCAGACAUGAGACUGGGCGAAGUUCGCAGGUCGACUCAUCUGGGAAUCGUCUUUGA